GGCCGGAAGUCGAGAAGACGCCUGAAACCGGUCUGAUUAGCAAGGUUCGCCGGACGGCCGUUGAUUUUGCGGAAUGGUGGGACGCUCUGGUAGAGCCAGAACGUACCGGUCGAGCCCAGGAUGCGCUUGAAUCGAGGUGGUUCCGCAUUAUGUCGGCCUUGGUCAUUGUGGUCAACGCAAUCGUUGUGACCUGGUUGACCGAUUGGAGUCUGGAGCAUAGUGGCCGAAACAUGCCUCCGGGAUUCGAGCUCGUCGACCUCGCGUUCCUGCUGUUCUACGCCAUGGAAAUCAUCUUGAAGUUCUAUGUGCACCAAGGUUAUUUUUUCGCCAAUGAGAAUGCGGCAUGGAACCUUUUC